CCUCCUUUCCUUUCCCCCUCCUCCGCCGCUUGCUCCUGAACUCCAGCCCCCUCUCUAUCAGCCUCUCACUCCGUCUCAAUAUGUCUCAAGAUGGCGGCCAAUGCGGGAUCGAUGUUUCAAUAUUGGAAGCGCUUUGAUUUACAGCAGCUGCAGAGAGAACUCGAUACAACAGCAACAGUAUUGGCAAACAGACAAGAUGAAAGUGAACAGUCUAGAAAAAAACUUAUUGAUCAAAGUCGAGAAUUCAAAAAGAACACUCCUGAGGACUUGCGCAAACAGGUAGCUCCGUUGUUAAAGAGUUUCCAAGCAGAGAUUGAUGCAUUAAGUAAAAGAAGUAAAGAAGCUGAAGCUGCCUUCUUGAAUGUUUAUAAGAGAUUAAUUGAUGUCCCAGAUCCAGUACCUGCCUUGGAUCUGGGACAGCAAUUGCAACUAAAGGUACAACGAAUGCACGAUAUUGAAACCGAGAAUCAGAAGCUCCGAGAGACAUUAGAUGAAUACAACAAAGAGUUUGCUGAAGUCAAAAAUCAAGAGGUUACAAUAAAAGCACUUAGAGAGAAAAUCCGGGAAUAUGAACAGACCCUGAAGAACCAGGCGGAAAACCUGGCUCUGGAGAAAGAACAAAAGUUACAAAAUGACUUUGCUGAGAAGGAGAGGAAACUGCAGGAGACUCAGAUGUCUACGUCUUCCAAACUGGAGGAGACUGAACACAGAGUUCAAGUUCUGCAGACAGCUUUGGAAAAGUCCCAGGCAUCAUUAUUUGAUCUGAAAACAAAAUACGAUGAAGAAACCUCAGCAAAGGCCGAUGAGGUUGAAAUGAUCAUGACCGACCUUGAAAGAGCCAACCAGAGAGCAGAGGUGGCACAGAGAGAAGCAGAGGCCUUAAAGGAGCAGCUCUCCUCAGUUGACAAAUCUCUCGACCAUGCCUCGCAGAAGCCGCCUGAUACGGAUCAGACGACGGAGGGAACAGGUCACUCCAAUAUGGAAGUUGAACUUGCCGCAAAGGAGCGUGAAAUAGCCCAACUUGUGGAGGACGUGCAGAGGUUACAGGCCAGUCUUACAAAGCUCCGUGAAAACUCCGCUUCUCAAAUAUCUCAGCUUGAACAGCAGCUAAACACCAAGAACAGCACUCUUAAACAACUUGAAGAAAAACUUAAAGUGCAGGCGGACUAUGAAGAAAUUAAAAAGGAGCUCAACAUCCUGAAAUCCAUGGAGUUUUCCCAGUCUGAAGGAUCAAGUGCACAGGAAGCAUCAAAACCAUUGGAGGUUCUGUUACUGGAGAAGAACCGCACGCUGCAGUCCGAGAACGCCACGCUGCGCAUUUCCAACAGCGACCUGAGUGCCCGCUGUGCAGAGUUACAGCUCCAGUUCACAGAAUCCAUUUCUACAGUGACUGAGCAGAAAGACCUGAUCUCCAAACUGGAGCAUGACCUGAGCACCAUCCAGUCUAUGUCAUCUGUCCAACGACCAGAUGCUGAGGGAGCUGCAGUGCCCAGCAUGAGAAGAUUCUUACCCAUUAAAGAAGCUACAGCAGUUUUCUAUGGUCAUUCUGCGAGUACUCCAAUUCCUGAAGGACAGAUGGACUCUUUGCUUUCAAUCAUAUCCAGUCAAAGGGAGCGUUUCAGAGCAAGAAAUCAAGAACUGGAAGCGGAAAAUCGGAUGAUGCAUCAUACUAUGAGGGCUCUUCAAAGCGAGCUAGAUAACCUGAGAGCUGCAACGAUCAAGCUGUAUGAAAAGAUUAAAUUCCUGCAAAGUUACAGGGGCAAAGGAGGUAAGAGUGAUGACACCGAGCUUCGUUACUCCUCCCAGUAUGAAGAGCGACUUGACCCAUUCUCCUCAUUUAGCAGGAAGGAACGCCAGAGGAAGUAUCUCAACUUAAGCCCAUGGGAUAAAGCAACCCUUAGCAUGGGUCGGCUCAUUCUGUCCAAUAAGAUGGCCCGCACAAUUGCGUUUUUCUAUACUCUGUUCCUGCAUUGUCUGGUAUUCCUGGUCCUGUACAAAACAGCCUGGAGUGAAAGUGUGGGAAGAGAUUGUGCUGCCUACUGCGCCAAGAAAUACUCCGACCACUUGCACAAAUUCCAUGAGAACGGAGAAAACGGAGCCAUGUGGCAGGAGUAGAGAAUCCGCAAUACGGGGGCGUCUUAAUCUCCCUGAGACCAAAUGACCGGAUGUAUUUUUACAGGCUGAUUUCCCUGAUCCAUGCAUUAUGCACAGCUGCUUGACCUAGACUAGCUUUACAGUAGUGGAAAUGGCAGACACAAGAGCGGAGAAAAUGGACUACCUAUACAUAUUUAACAAGGCGACUAUCCAUUUACCCUUCAAUAGUAGAAUUUCGCUAGUAGGCAGUUCUUAUGAUUUUUUAACAUCCCUUGGAUUAAAACAUGGAACUACAGAUAGAUUUUAUGCCUAGCAGUGGUAUGGUGGUUGCAGCAAUAGGGCAUGAUCAGCACCGCAGUGUCAGAGACGUCAUUAGGCUG